UAAGCAUACACUACAUUCGUGAAAAAAUGGAAGCUGGCGAAUAGAAAAAAGUGGAUCUUCAGUCGGAAAAAGACGGCACUUUAUUUUCAGGACAGAUAGAAAAAAAAAAGAUCAUCAAACUGGGUUAAAAUCCUGCACCCUGGCUUUCAUCUCGAGUGUCUCCAUUGGUUGUCUGUCACCAUGGGAAAAACUCCACUGAAAGAUCAAAAAGAAGGGAAAAAAGAUAAACAUGGAAAGGCAGCACCACCACCAGGUACCCCCGGCGCAGCAAAUAAAGACUCUUUCAGCUGGGAAGAAUAUCUGAAAGAAACGUCAUCUACACCAGCUCCACCAAGCUGUUUUCGUCAGUCUAGAGUCCCACCCUCCAAUGACUUCAAGGUGGGAAUGAAGCUUGAAGCUCAUGACCCACGUAAUUCCACGUCAGUCUGUAUAGCCACAGUAAUGGGUUUAACUGGGGUUCGCCUGCGACUCCGCCUGGAUGGCAGCGACAACAGCAAUGACUUCUGGCGGCUGGUCGAUUCCUCUGAUAUCCAACCUAUUGGAACCUGUGAAAAGAAUGGAGAUAUGCUACAACCACCCCUGGGAUUUCGAAUGAACGCCUCCUCUUGGCCCAUGUUUCUGCUGAGAACCUUGAAUGGAGCAGAGAUGGCACCAGUAACAGCCUUUAAAAAGGAACCUCCAAGGCCACCCCAAAUUAAUUUGAAGCCAGGUAUGAAGCUUGAGGCCGUGGAUAAGAAGAAUCCGUACCUCAUCUGCCCUGCCACCAUCGGAGAAGUGAGAGGAGAUGAGGUGUUCAUUAUGUUCGACGGUUGGCGGGGUGCCUUUGAUUACUGGUGCAAGUUCGACUCCAGGGACAUCUUCCCGGUGGGCUGGUGUUCCCUCACCAAGCACAGUCUGCAGCCACCAGGCAACAGUGUAACUCUUCCAAAGAACCUUCUCCCAUCAUCGCCCUCUAAACCCGGCAGACGCUCCAUACAGUCCACCUACAGACUCCCCAACCCUCUGCCGGCUCUGCCCGUCAGGAAGGGCAUAAGAGGCCGCAGACCAAAGAGUGAGACCAUCGCCCUGCUCAAAGCGGUGGCAGCAGCUGCCCAGAACGGAGAUGUCCCACUCCCACUCCCACUCCCACUCCCCAGUAACACAGUAGAGUUUGUACCCCGGGUCUACAAGAAGAGGGGGCCCAAGCCUGGAAGCAAGAGAAAGUCCAGGAAUCUUCAAAGCCCGACACAGCUGCCCAGCAUCCAGGUUCCACAGGAAAACCCUUCCAGUCACAACUCGGUGGUGUCGACAGUGUGUGUGUACGUCAAUAAGCAUGGAAACUGUGGUCCCCACUUGGACAGGAAGCAGAUGCAGCGUUUGCCAGACCACUUUGGCCCGGGGCCAGUGAACACUGUGCUUCAGCAAGUGGUUCAGUCAUGUAUAGACUGUGCAUACCAGCCUAAAGUGCUGCUCAGUGCUUUACAGACUGACUCAGGAGGAGGAGAGGUUGUAAAAGUGAGAACGGACGGUGGCGUUCGUGUCAUCAGACUGCCAUCGGCCUCCAGCGCAUCCUUUGUUCUGCGCUUCUUGGAGACCAUGUGUCGUCAUCUACAAUGUGACAACCUGUUCAGCAGCCAGCCCUUCAGCCACUACACGUAUGACAGGAACAAGUCGGUGAAAGAAGAGGCGCUGGAUUCUCCCUCUCUGGCCCGGGGCAGCAAACGCAGCCUGUCUGGAGUUUGUCCACCAUAUGCAGCCCCCCUGUCUCCCAAGCACUUGCGUGCUGAGGCCCACCCUUCAGAAGCAGAGACACUGCCCCACGAAGAGAACAGUUUAAUAAAGGAGCAUCGCUACAUGGAUUCUGCUUCCAACUCCAUGACCCCUCGACCCCAAACAGCGCGGAGUUCCUCCGAGUACCACUCCCAGGCCAGCAGCAUGUACCACCACAGCAACAGCACGCCGGUGCGCUGCCUCUCCUCCAACCCCGCAGAACUCGGCUCCAUACACCCUCUGAGACGAGUGGAAGCAGCAAGCUCCACCACAGGUCCGGAAUCUCUGGUGUCUGAUCGAGAGAAUCUGCAGAUGUCCAACAGAAACCCAGCCUCCUGGUCCAUCGAAGAGGUGAUGCAGUUUGUCAAGCAUGCAGACCCCACAGCGUUGGCACCUCAUGCAGAACUCUUCAGAAAACACGAGAUAGACGGAAAAGCUCUGAUGCUUCUGCGGAGUGACAUGAUAAUGAAGUACAUGGGUCUGAAACUAGGGCCUGCCCUGAAGUUAUGCCACCACAUAGAGCGGCUGAAACAAGGCAAACUGUGAUGGGAGUCUGGACGGUCCUGACCCGCCCCGCCCAUGAGACAAGACGGAGCCGGGUCUGGAGCUGGACACGCGGGGCCGUGCAGGGGUUUCACGUGUCACCAGACUCCUCCUGGAGGGACAGAGUCAGUGUUACAAGUUCAUCCCCACUUCCAGAGUGGAAAAAGUGUGCCGUGCUUUGCUGACACAUUACCUCAUCCCCUUAUCAGUGAACGAAAAGCUCUUCAGAUCUUAUAGACAAACAACACUGAACUUUCAGAAAUCCCAAAGGAAAUGAAUCCCUGUGGUGUUUACACUGCAUAGCACAUGUGCACACAUGGACACUUUUUUUUAAUGGAGAUAAAAUGUUUUGAUCCUGGUUUUGGAUCCCCAAAGAUGGAGAAUGUUUCUUCUUAUAUAGUGUUUUUAUUACUCUUGAAUUUUCCAGUUAGAAGGAAGGUUUGGCAUACUGAAGAAAAAAAACCCACAAAAAAAUGCAGACAUUCUUCCUCGUUCUCUGGAAGAGAAUUUCGCGCCCUGGUCUGUGCUGUUGCAUAGCUGUUUUCACUCUCCACAUAUAUGCCUGAAAGUAUGGGUGUGUCUGUCUGCCUGGAGGAUGCUAACAGUGGUGCAUUCCACGUUUUUCACACAUUGCUAGACUGAUGUUUUCCGUUGCUUGGACCUCGUCCGUGUCACGACUGGGGAUCACAUUGUAUUCUGACUUGUUUCUUUAAAGUGUUUUAAAUGAACAUCAGGUUUUCCAUGAGUGUUCCCAAGAAUCACUUCCCACUGUCGGACAUCAUGGAUAAUUUUUUUAGCAGUUUCUAAGUUGCCUCAUACCGGUAAUAAUGCAGUUCAAUGUCAAACCACACGUGUCCCAAGCUCAUUCAAUUUAUGAGUUUAUCCAUUUCGAUUGCCAGAAUGUUUAGGAAUGUAGAUUUGACAUUUCUAAGGGCUCCUUAUGAUCAAUUUUUGAUGUACGAUAUUUAUCAGUCAUGCAUCUUUUAGGCUUGUUGGUCUGUCUGAGACCUCAUUGUUGUCAUUUUUUGACCAUUACAAUCCCUGUUGGCAAUGAAAACAGAUAUGUACAGUUUUAUGGGUUUAACCAUGAAUAUCAGCAACAGAAUGUAAAUUUUGUAGAAACUUAAUAUUUUAAGGAAAUCAUAUACAUAAGAUAGAAAUGUGAAGAUAAAGGGCAAGGGGAUGAAUAUUUAACAGUGGUUUCCGUUCUUUUUAAUACUUAACGCAGUGCUUUUAGUCCAAAUACUCCCAGUACUAGAUCCUGCCUUGCUUCAUCUUUGACAUUUCUCAGGUUUACGUGGUCUUUGUUUAUAGACGCUUUUGUAGCAUAAUGUUUAUAUUUCCCUCACUUUAAGACUUGUGCCAUAUUAUAUUCAACACAGGAUCAAAGUGCUGUUGAUUCCCCUGUUGCAUCUUCUUUAAAGUACUUGAAAAAUAUGUGUUGCAAAAUGUAAGUUGUUCAUCAGGUCACACCAGAUAAAGGAUGUGCUUAUGAAAACUGAAAAGAAGCGUUCUUAUUGUUUACAACAAGGAAAUCUUUAUCCAGAGUGCACCUUUCUUAAUCAUUUAAAUCCACCUGCAUUGUCUGCAAAAACAUGUCUCUGGUUGCCUGCUGCAGGAGAUUAAUACUUUACACUAAAGCCUUAAGACAAAAUGUACUAUUUGGCUGAUCACUGACCGGUAGACUGAGAACAUUUCUCUUCCAUGAAAUUGUAUCAUAACUUGUAUCAUAAAAAACCUACCAUUGUUACAAGGUAAAUUUGCUUUAAGAUCACUUCAAAGAGCAACUUCAUUCUGACCUCUGGGUGGAAAAAAUGUUUGUUAGAAGAAAAACAUCUUGAUAUAUUUCAUUCGUGGUAUGGUGAACAGGAAUUCACACGUUUAUCACAGGAGUUAAGGAAAAAAAACAUACAAAACUUGUAUUUUCAAAGUAUUCACCCCAAUGUAUUUAGUUGGCAGGGUCUCAUCUGGAGAAAACAUGUUAAAAGGAAAGACAUGAGGGACACAGAAGACUGUAUAAAAUCCAGAGUGUAUCCAUAAUUUAUCUUCUUACGUCCCCUCGGACAUUUGUUUGGAACCCAACAAGUGUGAAAAAAAACGUCCUAUUUGUGUGCGGGUAUUAUUAUUUUUAAAUAACACAAAGGUCGAUAAUAAGUCAGCCACUAUCAAAAAUUAUUUGACUUCAUCAAAUAUGCAAAGGUUUUGUUGUUCUUGGAUAAUUUACAGAUGUUCUCCCUCUCAGCAGUUUAAUGAAAGCAAACCAAACUGGAUUGAUGUCAUAAAUCUAACUUUACAAAGUCCGCGGAACAGAGCUAAGUAGAAAACUGGCUGUACAUCUGGAUGCAGGCGACCGUAAACCAUGCUAUCUAUAUGCUUCUUUACCUCACUUUACCUCAUAAUUGUUCUGCUAA